AUGGACGUGCUCCAGAAGCAGAUCAAUGAAAGGGACGGGUCUCCGGAGCCCCAGGACGUGUUGGCCUCCCCAUUCGCGGACACCAUCAUGGUGGAGCCCCUACCUCGAGAUUUUUGCUUUCCCACAAUUAAAGCAUACUCGGGGACCACAGACCCGCGGGCACACCUGACCAGGUACAGAGUCGCCAUGAUGAUCACCGAGGCAACAGACGCCAUCCUAUGUAGGGGGUUCUUCACCACCCUGGACGGGCAGGCGCAUGAUUGGUUCGGGUCCCUCCCGGCGGGGUCCAUCUCCACCUUCGCGGACCUCACCCGGCAGUUCCUAUCCCAUUUCGCCACCAGCAUACAGCGGAAGAAGCAAAUUGCCGACCUGUGUGAUUUGAAACAGGGGAGCUCGGAAUCACUCGCCGAGUACCUCAGCAAGUGGAAAAAAGAGGCCAUGGGGGUCGCCGACCUUGAUGGGAAGUCGGCCAUAGUGAUUUUUCGAAACAACUUGAGGUCAGGCGCCUUUCACCAGGACCUCAUCAGGUACCCCCCCAGGACCUAUAACGACCUGAUGGACAAGGCAGCAAGGUACGCUGACGCCGAGGCUGCCGAGAAGAGGAAGAAGGAGCAGGAGGAAGGACGAGGUCGAAAAGACAAGGCACCCCAGGAGGAGCGCAAGGCGUCGCGGCCGCACCGACGUGAGUACGCUGAGGGGCCCAGGCUGAACCCCACACGCUAUUUCACCCCGCUGACACAACCAGUGGGUACCAUCUUGGCGCACGCGGAGGACCAGGGAAUCGUGGUGUUCCCGAAGGAGGAGUGCAUGAAGAUAUCGGCAAGGGGGGACCCCAACUAG